AUGGCCUCUCCGUACGGCCAGCCCCAGCCUGGGUAUGGCCCUCUGGACGGGGGGUACCACGCUCCCUACGACCCCUAUAACGGCCCAGUGUCUGCUUACCAACCAGGAGCUCCCCCACCAGGUUACUCUCCUUUCUCCAGUUUUCCUUCUAAAGCUGCGGCCGCCACCCCUGCCUCUGACCUCUCCUCUCCUCUUGACUUGGGCCCAACCAGAGGUCCUCCCACGUCUGCCCCCCAACAGUACAGCCAAGGCCAGAGCAUCCAGAACGGCCCCCCGCCCAUGACCCAGGCCCCGCAGAGGCCUCCUGUGUCUCAGCCGUACCACCCAGGAGCCGUGAACCUGUCCGGACCCCCGCAAGCUUCAUACCCACAACACUACGGCCCUCCGCCCCCAAUGCAACAGGUCACCAACCAGAUGGGAGGGAUGCAGAUCAACGCGGCGCCCCCUACCCCUGCUGGUCCAGGAUAUGCUCCUCCCCCUCACAGCGCCGCCCCUCCUCCUGCUAGCUCAAACUACUCCUCUGCCCCUCCCUCGUUCACACAAGCUCCUCCCUCAUUCACGCAAGCCCCUCCCACCUUCUCACAAGCUCCUCCCCCAUUCACGCAAGCCCCUCCCACCUUCUCACAAGCUCCUCCCUCAUUCACGCAAGCCCCUCCCACCUUCUCACAAGCUCCUCCCUCAUUCACGCAAGCCCCUCCCACAUUCUCACAAGCUCCUCCCCCUGCCACCUCCUCCGCCCCCUCACAGCCCCCGCCCCCUGUCUCCAACGCCGCUCCUCCUUCCAGCACGCAGCACCAACAGUACUACGGAGGCGCCCAGUUUCCCCCCACCUCCUCACAAUAUGCCCCCUCGCAACAAGCCCCUCCCCAAUUUACCUCGGCGCCUCCGCUACAACCUCCGCCGUCGUCGCUCCCUUCGCAUUACACCUCCCCGUCGCCGCAACCUCCUCCGCCAAUGCCGCAAAACUACCCCCCAGGACCAGCCCAAGCUCCUCCAGCUCCUCCUCCCUCGUCCCAGGCCCCGCAACAGACUUUCCCGCCAUUUCCAGCUCAAACGUCAGCCCCGCCUCAAGGUUUUGCGCCAAGGCAGUCUCCCAUCCCGCCACCAAACGCAUCGCAACCGGGGCAGUUCCUCUCCGGACCCAUGCUUCCGCCUCCUCCUUCUCAGGCCCAAGCUCAGCCUCAGCCUCCUCUUCCUCCACACUCGCAGAAUCAGCCCUCCCCGUACCACCAGGGCCCGCCUCCACCCAGGUCGCAGAUGCCGCCACCUCCCACGGCGAUGCAGCAGAGCAACCACAUGCCCCCCGCGCCACAAGGACCGCCGCCCCUGGGACCCCCCGGGGCAAUGCCGCCUCAGCCCGGCAUGCCCGCUGGGUACCCACCCCAGCAGAACGGGGCCUAUGGGCAGGUGAGAGGCCCCCAGCCUGGUUACCCCGGCCAAUAUCCUGGACCACAGAACUACGGAGGUCCUGCUCCUCCAGCCCCAGCUCCGGCUCCUGCCGCUCAGAAGAGGCUGGACCCUGAUGCCAUCCCCAGUCCGAUCCAGGUCAUUGAAGACGACCGGGCCAAGUGCACGGAGCUCUUCACCACAGGGGUCCGAGGACAGGCCCCGCCCCUCGUCACUACAGACUUUCACGUUCGGGAUCAAGGUAACGCCAGCCCCCGGUUUGUCCGCUGCACGGCUUACAACAUGCCCUGCACCGCUGACAUGGCCAAACAGUCUCAGGUGCCUCUGGCCGCGGUCAUCAAGCCGCUCGCCACGCUGCCCCCGGACGAGACCCCUCCGUAUUUGGUGGACCACGGCGAAUCCGGUCCGAUCCGCUGUAACCGCUGUAAGGCCUACAUGUGUCCGUACAUGCAGUUCAUCGAAGGAGGGAGGAGGUUCCAGUGCGGCUUCUGCAGCUGCGUCACGGAGGUGCCUCCACAUUAUUUCCAGCAUCUGGAUCACACCGGGAAACGGGUAGACUGCUACGACCGGCCCGAGCUGUCUCUGGGCAGCUACGAGUUUCUAGCUACUGUCGACUACUGUAAGAACAACAAGCUUCCUCAACCUCCUGCCUUCAUCUUCCUCAUCGAUGUUUCCUACAACGCUGUGAAGAGCGGCCUGGUCAGCAUAGUCUGUCAGGAGCUCAAGACGCUACUGGACUAUCUGCCCAGGGAGAACCCGGAAGCGGACUCGGUGGUGCGCGUGGGCUUCGUCACGUACAAUAAGGUGAUGCACUUCUACAACGUGAAGGGGACCCUGGCGCAGCCGCAGAUGCUCGUGGUGUCGGACGUGUCGGACAUGUUCCUGCCGCUGCUGGACGGCUUCCUGGUCAACGUGAACGAGAGCCGGCAAGUCAUCGAGAGCUUGUUGGACCAGAUUCCAGAAAUGUUUGCCGACACAAGAGAAACAGAGACGGUGUUUGGACCAGUCAUCCAGGCGGGACUCGAGGCCCUCAAGGCUGCAGACUGCGCUGGGAAGCUGUUAAUCUUCCACACGUCUUUGCCGAUCGCCGAGGCUCCGGGGAAACUGAAAAACAGGGAAGACAAGAAGCUGGUGGGGACUGACAAGGAGAAGUCCUUGUUCCAGCCCCAGGCGAGCUUCUACAACACUCUCGCCAAAGACUGCGUGGCUCAGGGCUGCAGCGUGGACCUCUUCCUGUUCCCAAACCAGUACGUUGACGUGGCGACGCUCGCAGUGGUGCCAGUGUCCACCGGGGGCUCUGUCUACAAGUACACCUACUUUCAGGCACAGUCCGACCAGGAGCAGUUUUUGAACGACCUCCGGAGAGACGUACAGAAGCCGAUGGGAUUUGACGCCGUCCUGAGGGUCCGCACCAGCACAGGAAUCCGGGCGACAGAUUUCUUUGGCUCCUUCUUCAUGAGUAACACCACAGACGUAGAGCUUGCUGGGCUGGACUGUGACAAAGCCAUCACCGUGGAGUUCAAACACGACGACAAGCUCAGCGAAGACACAGGAGCUCUCAUGCAGUGCGCGGUCCUCUACACAAGCUGCAGCGGUCAGCGGCGUCUCCGCGUUCACAAUAUGGCGGUGAACUGCUGCUCUCAGCUCGCCGACUUGUACCGCAACUGUGAGACCGACACCAUCAUCAACUACUUCUCCAAGUUUGCUUUCCGUGGCGUCGCGAACAACCCCACGAAGUCGGUGAGGGACACGCUGGUGAACCAGUGCGCACAGAUCCUGGCGUGUUACCGGAAGAACUGCGCCAGCCCCUCAUCUGCGGGUCAGUUGAUUCUCCCCGAGUGCAUGAAGCUGCUCCCCGUGUAUCUGAACUGCGUCUUGAAGAGUGAUGUCUUGUUGCCGGCCGCUGACGUCCACCUCGACGACCGCGCGUAUCUACGGCAACUGGUCAGCGCCAUGGACGUGACGGAGACCCACGUGUUCUUCUACCCUCGACUACUGCCCCUGACGAAGUUGGACGGCGCCUCGUUGCCGAUGGCGGUGCGGGACUCGGAGGAGCGGUUGUCUAAAGGCGGGGUCUACAUCCUGGAGACCGGUCUGCACCUGUUCCUCUGGGUCGGAGCCAGCGUCCAACAAGAGCUGCUGCAAAACCUGUUCGGAACUCAGAGCUUCAGCCAGCUCGACCCUGCCAUGACGAGUUUACCGGAGCUAGACAACCCGCUCAACAAGAGACUGAGAGAAAUCGUUGCAGAUUUCCGAGCACAGCGCCCGCGGUUCAUGAAGCUGAUGGUGGUGAAGCAGGAGGACCGGGCCGAGCUCAUCUUCCGGCACUUUCUGGUGGAGGACAAAAGCGCCAGCGGUGGAGCCUCAUACGUGGACUUCCUUUGUCACAUGCACAAGGAGAUACGGCAACUCCUCAGCUAG